AUGUCGGUGCCGAACAAGUUCGACCCGGAAAAUGCGCAGAACUUGGAGGAUAUGGAAAAGCAGUUUGCCGUCAAAGCGGUUCAACAAAUGACAACAUACUGGUCCCUCCUAGAAACGAGAAGAGGGUCUAGUCUGCGCUUGACAAAAAUGGAUGAUGAAAUAUACGAGCAUUUCAUGGAAACAUUCCCGGAAUUCGACCCGGCGGCGACGAUUAAUGAGGAUGAGAUGAAGAGCAAGGAAGGUAAGGAAAGAUGGAGAUCUUUCCUCAUGGCCUACGAUAAGAAGGUUGAAGAUUAUAAUUUCGGGACGCUGUUGAGAACCAAUCCUAAAUUUGAGUAUGGGGAAAAGGAGACAAUAUUUUCUGUUCGCAUGCAAUUCUACGCCAUCGAAAUUGCCAGAAAUCGGGCAGGAUUAAACGACUGGGUCUACGAGCGGGCACACCCGGAAGAGAAAAGGGACUCGUCGUAA